CAGCUGCUGCGGGUGUUGGUACAUGAGCGGAUCCGCGCUGCCGCUGAAGACUUCCUGCUGCAGGUGGAGGAAGGAGGAGGAAAGGCUCGAGUCCCGGAGCUGAGAGCGAUGCUCACCGAGCGGCUCGCGGCGGCGGGAGAGCAGAUCCUCGCGGGGCUUGAGGAAACCUUGUUAGAGUCCGAGGAGCGAGUGGAGCGGACCGAGCUGGAGAUCUGCCGCCAGAGGAGGCUGCUCGAUGCCGUGAUGCAGCCCGAAGUCCGGCUGCACAGAGCAGUGUGUCCUGCAGACGUCCAGCAACUGAUGGUGAUUAAAGAAGAGGUUCCCUCUGAGGAGCAGCAGUGGAGCCCCCUUGUGGACCAGGAGGACCCAGAGCCCCCCCACAUUAAAGAGGAACAGGAGGAUCAGUGGACCAAUCAGGAUGGACAGCAGCUUCAAGGACUGGAGGAGGCUGAUAUCAAGUUCACAUUGACUCCUGUCGCUGUGAAGAGUGAAGAAGAUGAAGAGAAACUUAAAUCGUCAAAGCUUCAUCCGAGUGAGACGAAGGAGAAGAGAGCGGACUGUGGAGGACCAGAACCAGCCAGGAUCUCAGCUCCUGAUGGACGUUUACAACUGAUGGUGAUUAAAGAAGAGGUUCCCCCUGAGGAGCUGCAGUGGAGCCCCCUUGUGGACCAGGAGGACCCAGACCCCCCCCACAUUAAAGAGGAACAGGAGGAACCGUGGACCAAUCAGGAUGGACAGCAGCUUCACGGACUGGAGGAGGCUGAUAUCAAGUUCACAUUGACUCCUGUCACUGUGAAGAGUGAAGAAGAUGAAGAGAAACUUAAAUCGUCAAAGCUUCAUCCGAGUGAGACGAAGGAGAAGAGAGCGGACUGUGGAGGACCAGAACCAGCCAGGAACUCAGGUCUUGAUGGAAGUUUACAACCAGGUCCUGAGGACAAGACUGACUCUUCUGAGACUGAAGUCAGUGAGGAUGAUUGGCUGGAGACCAUGGAAACUCAGACUGGUUUAAAUACAACAAACAACAAACAGCCUCUAAAUGAUAUGGGAUUUAAGACAGAAAAAAAAAUGUUUAGUUGCACUGAGUGUGGUCACAGAUUUAACCAAAGAAGAAGUCUAAAUAGACAUAUGAGGAUUCAUACAGAAGAGAAGCCGUUUAGUUGCUCUGAGUGUGGUAAAAGAUUUAACUAUAGGUGCAGUCUAAGUAGACAUAUGAAGAUUCAUACUGGAGAGAAACAGUUUAGUUGCACUGAGUGUGGCAAAAGUUUUAACCAAAGUUCACAUCUAAAUACACAUAUGAGGAUUCAUACAGGAGAAAACCCAUUUAGUUGCUCUGAGUGUGGUAAAAGAUUUAACAAAGGGUCAAAUCUAAAUACACAUAUGAGGAUUCAUACAGGAAAGAAACCAUUUAGUUGCUCUGAGUGUGGUAAAAGAUUUAACCAAAGGUGCGAUCUAAAUAAACAUGUGAGGAUUCAUACAGGAGAGAAACCGUUUAGUUGCCCUGAGUGUUGCAAAAAAUAUGCCAAUAGAGGCAGUCUAAAUAGACAUAUUAUGAUUCAUACAGGAGAGAGACCGUUUAGUUGCUCUGAGUGUCGUAAAAGAUUUAACCAAAGGGGGGAUUUAAAUAGACAUAUGAGGAUUCAUACAGGAGAGAAACCGUUUAGUUGCCCUGAGUGUGGCAAAAAAUGUACCGAAAGGGGCGAUCUAAAUAAACAUAUGAGGAUUCAUACAAGAGAGAAACAGUCUAGUUCGUCUGAGUGUGGUUAAAGAGUUAAAGGAGACAUACACUCCUGAUCAAAAUCUUAAGAUCAGUUCAAAAUUGCAUGAAUUUGCAUUUUGCACUGUUGGAUCUUAGGAAGGUUCUAAGUAGAGCUUCAAAAUGCUAAAAGAAGAAAUGGGAACAAGAGACCAAAAGUUGUGAGCAGGCAAUUUAUUGAAAACAACAAUUUAACUCAAAUAGGCUGUUCAUCAGCUGAUCAAAAGUUUAAGAUCCCGGAUUUUUAGCUAUCCAUUACCUCUGUAGAAAUAUGGCUACUGGAGACGAAGAUAAAAUCUUGCAACCAGAUCGUUUUGAGUGAGGUAGGCCGAAGCCCGGCUCCGGGGUGAGACGGGCCCGCCAGCUGACCGGCGGGCCGUUCCGCGAGCUGACCGGGCCGGUGGAGCCGAGCCGUGUAGCGUGACUAUGACGUGUGUUCUGGUCAUAAUCCCAUUCAACCAUUCCAUCUAGCUAUUGUUUUUUUCCAGAGGAACCACAACAGAUCGCGGGAGGUUUUUUUUUCCAGAGUUUUUGGGACGGUAGACAUGCUAGAGACCCAAAUUAACGUGUAGAAGCACUACAAAAGUGGAAUUUUCAUAAUAUGUCCCCUUUAAGAUUCAGUCCCAUUGUACGAGACGUGAGGAUUAAUAAAAGAGAGAAGUGAUUCAGUUGCAACUUUUGCAACAAAAGAUUUAUUAGGAUAUAUCAGCAGAUAUUCAUAUUAUACAUAUUCAUAGUUCUGUUUUAAGUAGACUAUUACCAGUUUUAUGUCCCUAGAAAAUAUAACUCAUUGAAUAACACGAAAGAUUUGUGCUUAUAUAUCUUGUUUCUACUGAUUUCUACAUAAUGUAUCUAUU